UCCCGGGCCAGGCCACCGGCCAGCCUCGCUCCUCUCCGUCUGCUCCGGGUCUCGUUCAGAGACUCUCCCGUUCCAUCCGGUCCAACGAAAAUCGGCCCCGUUCCGAACCAGAACCGGACUAACGCACGGAUUCCUGAGUUUCAGAAACUUUCCGGACCGGACCCGCUGUGAUUUAAAUCCUUGGGCCUCAGUCCCCCCACCCGGACUCUUUCCUGUCCCCCUCCGCCGGCCUCCGGUACCGGACACUGACGUCAUCUUGUAGUGAUCUCGGACAGAACCACCGGAGCAGACCCGUUUGGUUCGGAUUUAAACUUUUUUCUCUGGGGGGGUGAGACCCACACAGCGCCCCCUCCCAGGCCCGGUACCGACAGGCCCACAGCGGAUCCAGAACCGGGUACCGGCCCCAGAAUCCACCCCCGGGCUCCGUUAUUUAUUUAUUUGUUUGUUUGGACGCAUUCCUUUGAUGUGGAGAUGAAAGGGACCGACUGAGCGGGUCUGCGCGUGGCGUUCACAGACUGUCGGUGUCCUCCGGUCCGGUAGAGGAGGUGUGGGCGGAGCUAAAACAUGGCGGGCGCGUCAGUGAAGGUGGCGGUCCGAGUCCGACCGUUCAACUCCAGAGAACUGAGCCGGAACGCCAAGUGUGUGAUCCAGAUGCAGGGAACCAGCACCUGCAUCACCAAUCCAAAACAGAACAGAGAUGGAGCCAAGAACUUCACCUUCGACUACUCCUACUGGUCCCACACCACGGAGGACGACCCCAGCUUUGCGUCUCAGAGACAGGUGUAUGAAGACAUCGGGGAGGAGAUGCUGCUUCACGCCUUUGAAGGGUACAAUGUGUGUAUCUUUGCGUACGGUCAGACCGGAGCAGGAAAAAGUUACACCAUGAUGGGAAAACAGGAAGCAGGACAGGAAGGGAUCAUCCCUCAGCUCUGUGAGGACCUGUUCCAGAGGACAGGACACAACUCAGAUCCAGAACUGACCUACUCCGUGGAGGUGUCCUACAUGGAGAUCUACUGCGAGAGGGUCCGGGACCUGUUGAACCCGACCUCCCAGGGAAGCCUGAGGGUCCGGGAGCAUCCCAUCCUGGGGCCCUACGUGGAGGAUCUGUCCAAGCUGGCUGUGACCGGGUUCACGGACAUCCGGGAGCUGAUGGACGAAGGAAACAAAGCUCGGACGGUGGCGGCCACCAACAUGAACGAGACGUCCUCCAGGUCCCACGCCGUCUUCACCAUCGUCUUCACGCAGAGACGGAGAGACCAGCUGACCAGCCUGGACACUGAGAAGGUCAGUAAGAUCAGUCUGGUGGACCUGGCCGGGAGCGAGCGAGCAGAUUCUUCAGGGGCCAAAGGGACCAGACUAAAGGAAGGAGCCAACAUAAACAAAUCUCUGACCACGCUGGGGAAAGUGAUCUCGGCGCUGGCUGAAAUGCAGAGCAACAAGAAGAGGAGGAGCGACUUCAUCCCCUACAGGGACUCUGUCCUCACCUGGCUGCUGAAGGAGAACCUGGGAGGAAACUCUCGGACGGCCAUGAUCGCUGCUUUAAGUCCUGCUGACAUCAACUACGAAGAAACGUUGAGCACCCUGAGGUACGCGGACCGGGCCAAACAGAUACGCUGUAACGCCGUGAUCAACGAGGAUCCAAACGCCAAACUGAUCCGAGAACUGAAGGCUGAGGUGGACCGGCUGAGGAACCUGCUCUUCUCCCAGGGUCUGCAGGAACUGCUCCACAACACCGUUAACAAUGGCAGCAGCCCUGGGGGGGCACCAGGUGUGGCCCCAGAUAUGGUCCCAGCUGACGUCUCAGGUGUGGCCCCCACCCACCUGCAGCCGACUCCCACAACCAACGGCACUGCACCAAACGAAGACUCCGCCCCUGCAGACGGUAAAGACGAGUCUGCAGGAGAAACACCGACUGAUCCUGAUCAGCUCAUGGAGACCGGAGAGGAAGGAGAGGAGGCGGUUGCCACGGAGACCAUCAGUAAAGAGGAGGCAGCGGAGCGGCUGAUGGAAACAGAGAAGAUCAUCGCCGAGCUGAACGAGACGUGGGAGGAGAAGCUGAGGAAGACUGAAUCCAUCCGUCUGGAGAGAGAGUCCCUGCUGGCAGAGAUGGGUGUGUCCAUAAAGGAAGACGGAGGAACUCUGGGCGUCUUCUCCCCUAAAGGAACGCCUCACCUGGUGAACCUGAACGAAGACCCUCUGAUGUCCGAGUGUCUCCUGUAUUACAUCAAGGAGGGCUUCACCAGGGUGGGACAGCAGGACGUGGACAUCAAGCUCUCAGGUCAAUUCAUAAAAGAGAUCCACUGUGUUUUUGUGAGUGAGACCAACGAGCAGGGAGAAGUGGUGGUGACUCUGGAGCCGUUGGUUGGAGCUGAAACCUACGUCAACGGGAAACAGAUCACUGAAGCUGUGGUCCUGAAACAAGGUAACCGCAUCGUGAUGGGGAAGAACCACGUGUUCCGGUUCAACCACCCGGAGCAGGCCCGACUGGAGAGAGAGCGCAGCGUCACGGCGGAGCAGCAGGAGGAGCCGGAGGACUGGAACUACGCCCAGAAGGAGCUGCUGGAGAAACAAGGCAUCGACAUCAAGCUGGAGAUGGAGAAGAGACUGCAGGAUGUGGAGACUCAGUACCGUAAGGAGAAGGAGGAGGCUGACCUGCUGCUGGAGCAGCACCGACUGUACGCAGACAGUGACAGUGGUGAUGACUCUGAUAAACGCUCCUGUGAGGAGAGCUGGAGGCUGAUCUCCUCCCUCAGAGAGAAACUUCCUGCCAACAAGGUGCAGACCAUAGUGAAGCGCUGCGGCCUCCCCAGCAGCGGGAAGAGGAGGGAGCCCCUCAGGGUCUACCAGAUCCCCCAGAGGAGGAGGAUCAGCAAGGACCCUAAACGAGUCACCAUGGAGGAUCUGCGUAUGCAGGCUGUCAAAGAGAUCUGCUACGAGGUGGCUCUGGGAGACUUCCGCCACUCCCGUCAGGAGAUCGAGGCGCUCUCCAUUGUCAAAAUGAAGGAACUCUGCCGCAUGUAUGCCAAGAAGGACCCCAACGAGAAGGACAGCUGGAAGGCUGUGGCCCAGGACGUCUGUGACACAGUGGGCAUCGGAGAGGAGAGGAGUCCUCCUUCCGAGGAGGGAGGAGGCGGAGGGGGAGAGACAGGGGAGGGAGGACAGAAAGGCAACGUGUACAACCUGAAGGCUCACAUCGAUAAGCUGACUGAUAUUCUGGAGGAGGUGAAGCUGCAGAACAACAUGAAGGACGAGGAGAUCAAAGCUCUGAGAGACAGAAUGAUCAAGAUGGAGAGCAUCAUACCUGUUCAGGAUGAUGAGGUGAACGGAGAAGACGGUGAGUCUUCUCAGAAUGAAGGCGGCGGCUCUGAGGAGAGCCACGAUGCCCCAGAGGUCAGAGUUCAGCGUUUGAUGGAGGAGGACCCGGCCUUCAGGAGAGGCCGCCUUCGCUGGCUGAAGCAGGAACAGCAGCGGAUCCAGAACCUGCAGAAACAGAACAUCACCAAAAAGCUCAGAGGACAGAACCAGAACCCAGGUCCAACCACCCCCACAGUCCCAGUUCACCUUCCUGGGACCGGACGCUUCAUCCCUCCCCAGGAGUGCAAGCUGAAGUUCCCCUUUAAGAGUAACCCUGCCCACCGGCUUUCUUGGGGGGCCAAUGAGGCCCUGCAGGCUCUAGGUCUGGGGGAGGGAGGGGGAGAUGAUGGGGAGCAGGAGAACGGAAGAACAGAAGAAAACGGUUCUUCCCCACCUCCCCCUCUUCCACCUCAAGGUCAGCCUCCUCCUCUCUUGCCCCUCCCCUUUCCAUCCCCGCCCCCUCGCAUGCGCACCCCCAGUCCCCAUCGAGCUUGGCAGCAGCGUAACCAAGGCAACCAGGGAGGGUUUAACUACAAUCAGCAGGGUAACAACCAGUGGCGCUACCGCCGCAACUCGUUAGACAGCUCCGCCCAACGUAGCCACGAUGACCAGCAGUAUGGCGGAAACAGCAACGGUCACCAAGGGCGGCCAAGACAUAGAAGGGGGGAGUCACCCGGCAGAGGGGAGAGAGGAGGGAGGGGAGGGGGGAACAGAGACGGGGGUUUCUAUUAUAAUCAGCACCAGCACCAUCAGUUCCACCCCCACCCAUACUUCAAUCCCCACAUUGCACCAUUCCAGCCAGGACCCCACCCUAACUACAACAGUCUGCCACGCCUAGGGGCCACGCCCAUCAUCCCUGACAUGCUUGUGGGGGUGGGGCCUCCAGGUGGGUGGGGCUUUGUAACUCCGCCCCGAAUGAGAAGACAGUUCAGUGUCCCGGACCUGAAAAACAACAAGGAGACACCCAUCUGACCCCCACUAUCCACCACAUCGCAUGGAGGUCUCUGAUUGGCUGCGGAGCACACAGGAUCCUUAUGCUGUGUGUGUGUGUCUGUGUGUGUGUGUGUGUGUGUGUUUCAGCACUUUUACACACUCAGAACUCAGAACAGAUCUGGUCUUCAGUCCUGCUGAGUGUGUGUUUGUCGCUAAUUGCGGACUAUCGCACAGGCUAGCUGUUGCCAUAGUAAUGCUGUUUUAGGAUUUAACUUUUUUUGUUGUGCUGUUUGUUUUUUUGUUAGGAUGAAAGUGUAUUAAUUACUGAUUUAGUUUUAUUGAUUUAAAAACCUGCUGAUGUGACUCGGCGGUUUGUGACGAGGUGCCUUAAAACCAACGGCUUCUUGGCUCCCAUUGGCAGAAAAUCGUUAGUUUUUUGUUUUGAAAAGAUGAUGCCGGUGAGUUAGCAUCGGCUCUUCAAGGAGCCUCAACAUGAACGUGGGCGCUAAAACCCCAAACUUUGUGCCUACGUAACAUCAGCCUUACUAAUGAGUUGGGAUGAAUUUCUGAGCUGAUCAGGAACUGAGCUGAAGAAGCAGAACAGAAAAAUAAAAACCAGUGUGGAAAAUCGUCAUAGGGACAGAGACAACACAAGUUUAUUGUGCCCAAAAAAGGCGGAAAUGUCUUCCCAUGGAAAUGUUGCAGCAGUCAUCACCUGUUA